AUGCGUAGUAAUACUCGCGAAAAUCUUAGAUCCCAGUACUUAUAUCUUUUUCACAGUUUGAACGCAUGCCUGUGUUCCCUACUACAUUUCUAUUCUAAUAUUAUUCAAUUAUUUCAAGGUGGUAGUGACAACAAAUAUGCCAACCAACAAAGCAGACAGUACCUCCCUCCCAGUGCUCGAGGAUAUGAUGAUGGAAGCAAUGGAGAGCCUGCGAACUACGACUUUGAAUACAUGGUCCAGGACGCUCCCUCCGACAACGACUUCGGUCACCGAGAGUCACGACGAGGGGGCCGAAGGGGACUGAGGGAGUCUAGUACGUCGUCUAACCUGAUGGAAGGAAACAGACCGUUGAAUAUGAAGCCGACCAGGACGGUUUCAAGCCCAGAAUCUCAUACGAGGACGUCGGUCAGGCUACGACAGUAA